UUUGACUUGAAUUUCUUUCUAAAUAAAAAUAUAACUAGAGUAUAAGUUUUUUAUUGUAUGAUUGUGAUUUUGUUUUCAUAUGAUUCAUAUAUUGUUCUGAUUUCAGAAUUGUUCCAGUAUAUAUAUAGGCCUAUGCACUUCUAAUAAAUUGUAUCAUUUCUAGGUUUCUGAUUAAUAAUAUAUGCUAACCAGCCAGUCCAGUUGUUAAUUGUAAUAUUCACGUCGAGUUUGUUAAUAUUAUUGUAAACGUUUCUCUUGAUUUUUUUUAUUACGAUUCAUUUGCGGGUUGCUUCAAAGUAGAGUUUUUUUGUUUGUAAGAGGUUCUGUUACGCAUACACAUGUCAAUUAUGGUACAUUUUGCGUCAUUUCUCAUUCUCACGACUUUCACGGCGCAACUGGAGGCAGUCAGGGUCUUCGCGGGAGUUUUCUACAAGGAGCUACGUCACGCUGUAGCGUAUGAGUCAUCGGUUCCACUAACAUACGAGGUAGAUUUCCCGGCAGCUCAGCUCGACAUCUUGCAGGCGGAAAGGGUGUUCUGGCCUAACUGUCAACAAGAGGAUUGCAGUUUAGCGGAUGCGGUAGAAGGAGAACUCCAUGGUGCUUAGCUUAAAAGUACCGUUGGUCAGCAUCGGCGGACAGUUUCAAUUGCACAAGUAUGUGAGGACACCUAUGUAUUUCGACGGCCAGAUUUGUCAGCUUCAGCAGCAGGAUUUCGUUUUGGCGCGGAGACAGGAGGACGGUGAGAUUCAGGUCAUCUCGGGAGAUCAUCUCUCUUCUUGUCGGGCACAGGACGAUUUCUUAUGCUAUCUUCCGCGGCUGGUGCAUGGAGGACAUAUGUCAUCAAGAUGUAUGCAUCACUUGUUUGCGGCGACAGAGCUGAAGGACAUCCAACAAUAUUGCAGCUUAAGCUGUCGUCCAGCUAAGCAGGAGUUGGAGAUCGUCGAAUUUUCGCCUUCGGAGUAUAUCGUCGCGAAUAUACAGGCCAACACUACAGUCACUUGCGAGGGAGGUUCGUUUCAUCAUCUUCAACCUAUUCCGGGAGCAAUGUAUGUGGGUUUACCCUGUCAUUGCGAGAUUUCGGUCGGCGGGAGAAUAAUGGUGAGAAAGACUUUUCCGUGUGACGCAAAUGUUGAUAAACAACCUCAGGUUCUCCAUUACUUACCUUUACAUUGGGUUAAGUUUAAUUCGUUAAAAAUUGAUGUUUUGCAACCGCAUUUCAAUCCUAAUUUUGUUAAUUUUAGCGAAAUUUUAAAAACUGAUAAAGAUAUAAAGGUUCCAGAAUUUACAGUUCAAGACGUAAUAUCGUCAGAUAUAUUUCACAAAGUAGAUCUUCCAAAUUCUUGGGGAGAUGUUGUAAAUUCCUCUAGUUUUGUUUUUUAUAUAUUAUUUGGCUGGUUAGGGUUUUUAACUUUAUUCUGUGCAUAUUUAGGCAUCAAGUUGUAUGUGUGUAAAUUAUCUGCUGUAACGGUAGCACAACCCAAGAUACAUAUAAUCGAUAGUUAAGAGUUAUAUAGUUACUUUUUGAUGGAUUAACUGUUUUAUUGUUUUUUUUUCUUGACUAUAUAGUUAUGAGUCAUAAUGUACUUACAAAGUUUUUUUUUCGAUUUUUAUUGCAGCUUUUGAAGUAGUUCAAUGUUGAUUCACAAUAAAUUAUUGUCAAUUGAGAUUUUCUUUUCAUAAUAAGUUGAAUAUUCAUGUACGUUUUUUUUCAAGAUGAGAUUAAAUUAAAGUGCAAUGUAUAUUAAUGUGUAUAAUAUUGAAAGCUAGUUUCAUAUAUAAUCAAUGUUAUUGUGCAGCAUAGUUUCGUUUUGAAUUUGAUUUGAAUGUUUGUAAUUUAGUUUGAGUAACCUACCUUUCUAUGUAAAUGUUUGAUUUCAAUGUAUAGUAGCAUUAUCAAGUCAAUCAGGCACACGUU